AACAAUUUCCGAUUAUUAUUCCUUUUAUAUUUAAUUAGAAAAAAAAAACAAAAACAAAAACAAAACAAAACAAAACCUCUUUCCAUGGAUUUUUAUAACAUGACGUCAUCUGGCCCAACGCGCCCAUUAUUUAAUACAAAAUGUCAUAUGAAGCAAGUGUUCCGAAAAGAAAAUAUGGUCAUAUGCCCUUUUGGCAAAACUUUAAAUGACGUGGCAAAAAGUUAUUGGGCAGCCCAGAAAUGGCAAGAUGAUUAACCGCAGAAAGCUGGUUUGGUUCCCUCUCUCCUCGAUUUGUUGUCUCUAUCAGUGAAUCGGAAACUUCUCCCCCGAAUGCUUCGCUCUCGCGCACACACCUGAAAAGCCCACCACCACAUCCGAAGGCUGAAACAGGAUGGGAAGUCUCGGAAGAGCAAUCUACACGGUCGGAGUAUGGUUCCGUGAGAGCGGCCAAGCCAUUGAUCGCCUCGGCUGCCGCCUUCAGGGCAAAUACUAUUUCCAAGAACAAGGCACAUUCCCAAUCUUCAUGUCUCCUUCCUUCACUUCAAAAUUUUAGAUUAGUGCAUUUCCAUGGAUUAGACAUUUGUCUUAUGUUCUUUUGGCUAUAUUAUUGUUUUUUCUGUGUUCUGUAUUUUUGCCGAGAAAGUGGCGGAGAUGUCACAAAAUUUUGAGGUCAGCCAAGUGGAGCUGAUUGUGAAUGAGAUAAAAGCGAAAGGGCCUCUCCCUCGAUCUGCGUGACGGAAUGCAUCCCUCUGGAUUGUUCUAGAAUUCCCCUGAUUUUCUUGGCCUUUAAGCUAUUUCAUAUAAUAAUUGAAAGACUGUUUAAUAAGCUUUAUUGAUUGGUUUGUCGUCAAGGGGUAUCGUUUUCUGUUAGUCCUUUUUUCUUUUUUUGUCUUGGUUGUGUUUUCCUGCAAUCGGUGUAUACUUCGUGUACACGGAACGCUCGUUUGAUGGGAUGGAUUCUUCUUGAUGAUGAUGAUGAUGAUGAUUAGCAUGAGUGCAUUGGUUGGAGUGAUCAUGAAGGGGACAGAUAGGGGUAUGUCGUGCAUCUAUGCGUGUGAAGUGUGAGCUUAUGAAUUUGUUUGACAAAGCUCCUGUGGUCGCUAAGGAUGCGUCUGUAUCUGUUGCUCCGACUGCAUCUGUCAUUGGGGAUGUUAAGGUGGGACAGCGGUCUUCCAUUUGGUAUGGAUGUGUUUUGAGAGGUACGCUGCUCUGCAGUUUGAACAUGAGGAUAUUUAUGUUGGCUAAUAGUUUUAAUAUUUGUCUCCAUAUAAUUGCAACAUUUUUUAUUUUUGAAUCUUCUAAUGCUUAGUAGCCUAGUAGUGUAAUUGUGAAAACAAAGUGUGGAGGCACAAAUUUUGUAAUGUCCUACAAAAUAAGCAAAAGAAUUAUACGAAAAAUAAUAUGAACAAAAAUUUUGUAUUAAAAUUAAUUGGUGGGUACAAUCUUUAUGAGAAUAUUUUUUUUAUAAAUAAUAUUUCCUCUUAUUUAAUCACUUUUAUCAUGAUUCGAAUGAUGAUAAUGAAAGCGUUUUAUCGGAUUUGAAUAUCAUUUUAGGGCUUCGAGUGUUUUUUUCUCAAAUGAACUUGUUGUAUGAGGAAAAAUAUGUGUAUAACACUUCUAUGAGGAAAAUUUUAUGAAGCAUUUCUUUAUAUGUGAAGUCUCUUUUCCCUUAAGAAAUCUUUUUAUUGAUUUUCUUUCGUUAAAAGAAGUCACACUUAUUUAUAAGUAAAGAUAAGAAUUGAAAUUUGAAUUCUCAAAAUUUGAUUGCAUAAUUCAAAGAAUUUGAUUCAUUCAUUUUAAUUGCCAAUUCUCUUUCCUCCCAAACAGUUUUGCAAACCUAAUUUUAUAAUCUUUCAAAUUUUGUCACGCGUUACUUUCUGAAUUACAUGCUCCAAUGAUUUGUCGAGCUCAAAUUUUAUUGAACUAUAAAAUUUGAACUACAUAUAGUUGCAAAUUUAUGGGAUGAAGGAGGGGGUGGAGGUGGUCAUUGAGGUAUUCAAUUUUGAAGACCCUUCCAAAAUUGAGAGAUAAAGGAGGUGAUCCAAUUUUUUAAGCUUAUUUAUUCUUUGAAAGAGUAAGAAGAAGAAAACACUUUACUUAAGAAAGAUGAUAUAUUUUAGUAUUAAGUUGUAGUAUAAAUCAUUUUUAAGUGUUGAAAGUAAUUUAGUAUUCCUAACUAAAAAGAUUUGGGUAUCUCAAGCUCCCCCUAAAAUGUGUUUUGUUUUUUUUUUUUUUUUUUGCAUGGGAAACUGUUUGGGGAAGGUCUUAAUUGUAGAUAUGUUAAUGAAGAAGGGAUGAUCCAAUGCAAUGAAUAAUCAAUUGAUCACAUCUUGAUUCAUUAUAAAAAGACACAAGCGUUACGGGUUUUUUUGUUGGAAGUCUUUGGCUUGAAACGGUUUUUUCCGAUUUCAAUAAGAAACUUCCUCCUUACAUGGAAAUUUAAGGGUCUUGAUAAAAAGAGAAAAAUCGUUUGGCGUGUGGCUCCAAUUUUCUUAUAAUAGUGUAUUUGAAAAGAGUGUAACCAAAAGACAUUCGAUGAUGAAGAACUCUCAUACUAAAGAUUGAAGGAGUGCUUCAAUAAUUCACUAUUAGAGUAGUCGCACGCUUCAUUGGAAAUUGUAUUAUAAUGUUUUGUGCAUACUGAUGAUAUACCUAGGGUGAGCCCCCCAAUUGUGGCUCUGGGCCAUAGAUGGUAAAUAGUAGCAUUGUGCCUGCAGGGGUAUUCUCACUGUGAAAUGCAGUAGCGAAGGUGCUGAGAUAUUAAUUAGCUGAGUUGCAUCAACUGCUGGUUGCAAUUUGUUUUUGUAAUCUUCACUUUCACUUUCUUUUGCUUAGGCUGGUGACAUUGGGGAAACUACACCAUUGUAUAUGGUUUUUGUCACACUUCAAAAAAUGGCUCCAUUUUGUUGUGGAAUUUGAGUUGCUUAUCAUACUCCUCAUGGGCGCUAUUAUCUUGAAACUCAGUAUUCAUAACUCAAAAAUCCAUCUGUUCUCAUUCUUGUCUGAAUGUGGCAGGUGAUGUGAACAGCAUCAGUAUCGGGUCUGGAACAAAUAUAGAAGACAACGCUCUUGUUCAUGUAGCAAGAUCGAGCUUAAGUGGGAAGGUUUUACCAACUACUAUUGGAGACACUGUUACUAUAGGUCACGGUGCUGUCUUACAUGGAUGUACUGUUGAGAAUGAGGCAUUUAUUGGUAUGGGUGCUACCCUCCUUGAUGGGGCUUUUGUUGAGAAACAUGCAAUGGUUGCUGCUGGAGUCCUUGUACUGCAGGAUACUAGGAUCCCCUGUGGAGAGGUAUGGGCAGGUAAUCCAGCAAGGUUCCUGAGGAAGCUCACUGAAGAGGAGAUUGCCUUCAUUUCUCAGUCAGCGAUAAAUUAUUCUAACUUAGCACAGGUCCAUGCCAAGGAAAAUGCAAACAGCUUUGAUGAAAUCGCGUAUGAGAAGGUGCUUCGGAAGAAGUUUGCAUACCCUGAGACAGAUUAUGCGGCAUUGGUGAGUGUCGACCGUGAAACACCUCCUGAGCUCAUCCUCCCUGAUAAUAUCCUACCAGAAAGGCUCCGAAAGGCCACUUAAAGUGAAAAUUUCUGAGGUAGCUCUCCUCUCUUGGGAUCUCAUGUCUAUGGAAAUUUGUUGCUAAUGCAAGGAUAUACAAACAAAUGGUUAAUUUCUAUCGCCAAUAAUUUUUUUUUUGUGGGGAGCUCAGCGGGUCAGUGAAGUAACAGAAGAUCAAACUGUCUGGUAUGAGAUUCUGCUCAUCCCUUUCGGUUAAACACAAAGUUGGAUUUUUUUUUUCCUCAUCCAGGAUGGUCUCAUAAAUCUGUAAUUUGGGACUCCACUGGUUUCCAUGAUUUGACCAGAAAUAAAGAUUGCGGAACUAGGUUUAUUUGAGCA